AUGGCGUCUCAAAGCGGCACGCGCCACCUCACGCCAGCCGAGCGACGCACUGCCUACGAGCUGCUCCUACAGAGCUCGUCCAAUGGCCGCCUUAAGUACGGCGCAUUAAAGGACGUUGCUGCGCACUUGAAGUGCCACUGGAAGACUAUAUCGCGAACGUCCAUCGUCCGUCACAUGCAAGAGACCAAGAGGCUGAAGUCCCGAGCCAGCUACAUCAAGCCCAUGCUCACUGAAGACAACACAAGGGCGCGUCUCGAUUUUGCCAAGUCUUUUGAUCGACUUAUGCCAAGUGGAAACCAUGCUUUCGUCAACAUGAACGAGUAUGUUCAUGUAGAAGUGGCCUUGCGUGCGGCGAAGUCCAAGCAGUUCAUCACCCAAGUGAUGUUCUUGGCCGCGGUGGCCCGGCCUCGAUUCGACCACACGAAAAAGGCGUAUUUCGACGGCAAGGUUGGCGUGUGGCCUUUCGUUGUUGUCCAGCCCGCCAAGCGAAACAGCAAAAAUCGCGCGAAAGGGACCCCCGCCGUCGUCCCACAAGUUGUGGAUGGCGAAGUCUACAAGAAGGCCAUCAUCGACAAGACAACGCGGGCCCUCACCGCUGUGUGA